CCCCUGUGCGCACCGGCCGGGAGAGCAGCGGCGGCUGCGGCGCGCAAGUCUCCGGGCCCGCGGGGAACCAGCGGCGCGCGGCAGCACCGAGGGAGACCUUGGAGGUGCUGGGAGGCAUGGACUGUGAGCACACAGCAGUUCCACAAGUCACCAUUCAUGGCAGGAGUGCAGCUGUGCCUUAACCUGGCAAAGGAAAAGGGUAGGAUCGGACAGAUCAGGGAUUGCCCAUGAGUGGAGGGCUUUGGAGACCAGAGCCCAGUCAUCAGCAAGCAGGGUGAGGACAGCAUGAUGAUGGACAGUCCUGCAGAAUGCGGCCAGGGCAGGGCAGAGUUUGGCAGAGUCUUUGCUGGUUUUGUGCCCACAGAGCUGGCAGCAGUGGCAGAAAUCAGCAAGCUUGCACCUGUACUGAGAGACCGCAAGCCCAUGGCAGCUGUUGGUGCCACUACUCUGAUCUGUGGGGACUGUGGCAAGAGCUUUGCCAGGAAGUCGGACUUCAAAGUGCACCAGCGGAUCCAUACGGGUGAGAGGCCCUACAAGUGCUCCUACUGCAGCAAGGGCUUCUACCAGGCCUCCAUGGUGCGGCGGCACGAACGCACACACACUGGCGAGAAGCCCUACCGCUGCUCUGUGUGCGAUAAGUCCUUCGCCCGCUCUACCUCAUUGCUGAUCCACCAGAACACGCACACCGGCGACCGGCCAUAUGAGUGUCCCUUCUGCGAGAAGACCUUCUCUGACCCUUCCACCCUGCUCCAGCAUCGCAAGAUGCACAUGGGCCUCAAGCCCUUCCAUUGCAGCAUCUGCAACAAGUCCUUCAGCCAGUCAUCCAGCUUCACCUUCCACCAGGCUACUCACACCAACGACCGCCCCUUUGUCUGCUCCGAGUGCGGCAAGGCCUUCAUCCGCUCCACUGCCCUGCUCAAGCACCGGCAGACCCACGUCCAGAAGGCCUUUCGCUGUGGGGAGUGCGGCAAGGUUUUCCCCAAGCUCUCAGGCCUCCGCUCCCACCAGCGGAUGCAUGCCCAAGGCCACCGGAUAGAGAUGGAGUUGAGGGAGGAGGAGCGGAGCCGCUGGGACGUUCCCACGCUGAGAUUCCAAGGCCAUGACCCUCUGCCCCAGGACUGUCCCCUCCCUAACUUGGCUGUGCAGCCAGAAUCCAGUUGUUACCUCACUUUCUCAGCCUAUGACCUCAUCCAGUCUAAUAAGCUAGGACGGAUCCUGAAAGCAGAUAUUCAGAAGCAGAAGUGGAAAAUGGCAAGCAUAGAAUGCUCUGAGAGACUGGACCAGGAAUACCCUAGCAGCGGUUUGGCUCAGGGAUCCUAUGGGGACAGAAAGAGGACCACAAACACAUGGUGUGAAAAUGAUGAAGGCGAUGAGGAGGAGGAAGCUGAGGAAAGUGACAGUGAUCAUUUUGGGAACGGCAUGCAGAAGGACCAAGAUCCGGUGUCCAGCAGCUCCAUGCCGAGGGACAGCAUGGCAGAGGACCUUCUGUGUGAGGAAGAUGAGGUCUUUUAUGAGACCUUCACCCUUAUCAAUGCCAACGGCGUGGCCAAGAAGUUGAACAUGAUGGUCAGUCUUCGCACCAAGAGUGAUGAGGGCGAUGAGGAAAGCAGCAAGGAGACAGUGUGUCAGAAGUGGCAUAGCCGGCCAGUGAGGAAGCCUGCUGUUCUUCGGCACAGCCCACAGGGCAUAAAUCACUUUGGCAGGGUGCUGCCAAGUUCAACCGAGUACGUGGACACUGUGGUUACCCUGGACAGUGAUUUAGACGACCCAGCCAGGGACAGCCUGCCGUGCAAUGGCAUGGAAAGCAUCAAGAGCUACAUGACCAGGAAAGUAGAGGGUGGGGUGUUCCCAGGAAAUCCAAGUACGGACUUCAGCAAGCCAGGGGGGAGCAAAGAGCUUCCCCUGAAAAGCAAGAGAGGGGUGAAGUGGCUGAACCCGAAAGCUGCCAACAAGCCAGCCGAGAUAGCGGGCAGUGUUGGGGCCGUGAAAUCACCCACGGUGAGGAGGGUCAGGAUUGGGACGCAGCAGGUGGGCAGCAGCGAGGUGGAGGAGCGGCCUUACAAAUGCAUGCAGUGUGGACGGGCCUUUAAGAAAUCAAGCAACCUCCUGAGCCACAUUGACACGCACAGUGGGGCCAAGCCGUACGCCUGCGAGUUGUGCGGCAAGGCCUACUCACACCAGGGCACCCUGCAGCAGCACAAGCGGUUGCACACAGGCGAGCGCCCCUACAAGUGCCCGUUCUGCAUCAAGGCCUACACCUGGUCCUCAGACUACCGCAAACACAUCCGCACGCACACCGGUGAGAAGCCCUACAAGUGCCUGGACUGCGAGAAGGCCUUUGUGCGCUCCUCGGACCUGCGCAAGCAUCAGCGCAACAUGCACAGCAAUGACAAGCCUUUCCCCUGCCAGGAGUGCGGCAAGACCUUCAACAAGCCACUCUCGCUACUGCGCCACCAACGCACCCACCUGGGUGAGAAGCCUUUCCACUGUCCUGACUGCGGCAAAGAGUUUGCCGUGGCCAGCCGCAUGGUGGAGCACCAGCGCAUCCACACGGGCGAGCGUCCGUUCUCCUGUGCCAUCUGCGGCAAGUCUUUCACCAAGUCCUCCAACCUCUUCGAGCACCAGACGCUGCACACUGGUGAGCGCCCCUUCAAGUGCUCUGAAUGUGGCAUGGCCUUCGCCCAGUCCUCACGCCUCAUCCGCCACCAGCGCAUCCACACCGGCGAGCGGCCCUUCGCCUGCGCCGAGUGUGGGCAGGCCUUCGCCCGCUCCUCCACCCUCAAGAGGCACCAGCAGAUCCAUAGUGGGGAAAAGGCCUACCUGUGCUCAGACUGCGGCAAGGCCUUCCGCCAUGCCUCGCAGCUUACCCAGCACAUGCGGGUGCAUACGGGGGAACGGCCCUACCAGUGCGCCCAGUGUGGCAAGGCCUUCACUCAGUCCACCCACCUCAUCCGCCACCAGGCCAAGCAUGGUGCCAGCAAUGGGGAGCCAUUCUCCUCUUCCGAUGAGUAAAGUCCCUCCCUAGUGGGGCAGCUGGACACCAGGCACUCAACACACCUGUCUUCUGAGGGGCCAAAUACAACAGACCUGGGCUUCAUCAGGUUGAGCAAAUAUGAGAGAGGGUUUGUAUGCAAUACGGAGCAGGCACCACUCUCUGACCAAGUUGCUUGUUGACUAGAGGAGGAGAUCUGCAAGUACUUGUCUUCAUAAAUGCACACCAAAGGACCCAACCAGAGCUCACCUGUGACAGGGGAUACAGAUGAGGAGAGAGAUUAUGUAGAAUACACCCACCUUGUCAUCUGUCCAGGCACCAAGUUCAGCUGUUUACCAAGAUCCUCCUGCUGGACAAAAGUUCAAGAGCACAUCACAAACUGACUGACACUCCAUAGCUGUUGCUCCUUCAUGGGCCCUCAUGCCAAUUCCUGCUGCCCCUUCAAGUGUAGUUCUACUCUGAAAAGGGACUAGGUAAGAAAAUGGCAGAUCUGCUCCCAGUACAUGUGUUCAGAGUUGCAUCUGACACAACACUGCUUUUUACUCCUGUUUGCCCUGCAGAGCCAGGUCAGCUAAUGGAGUGUGAGCUUAAGUCUAUUCCUGCUUGUGUGUCCUUAACAGAAUGGUUAAUGAGGAGCUGGUCUACAUGUAGAAAUCAUACUGGUUUCACUAAAUAGAUUUAAAAAUACACUUUUGGUAAAAGUGAGGCAAGUCUGCAUGUAGACAAGACAUACGUUCCAUGCAGUUCCUGUGAAACACCUUGGAAGGAAACAGGAUGGAAUAGGGGUCACUUAGGGCAUGGUUUAUGUGUAGAGUCUCUAUUACUGGUGAUGAUGCAGAAGGAAAAAGCCCUUCUUGAGUCUCAGAGUCCAGGUUGUGUGUGCAGGUCUGUCAGCUACAAAAUACAUCUUAUUACUUGUAAGUUGCGCUCAAAUCACCCACAAAAUGUAAAUAUGGAACCCACCAAUGUCAUUUUAAGAGAUCCCCUUGUCAGAACAGAACUGCAUUUUGAGGUAUUAUAAUCUCCAUAAUGAGGAUGCCCCAAUGGCCAGCCUAUCGACAAAAAGCUUUCCUGAAGUACCUCUCAUAUGAUACCAUGAAAAACAAAAUGAACAUGAUACCAUGAAAACUCCAAACAAAUAUAUGUACUGUGGGAUACUUACAAACAAAGGCACUGACAUCAUUCCCUUCUUACUGGCCUGUUAGGAAAAGGAUGAAUGUACUUUUUAAAUGGGGUUGUGCUGGCCAUGGCUGGCUGAAUUAUUGACACUGUACACAGUGACUUUCCAAUAGGUGCAGAGACACUGGGUGGCAAAUGCACAACUGAUCAGUUUCUGGCUCAUCUUGGGUCUGAUCCUGCACCGCUGUAACCAAUGGGUAUUUUUGCCAGUGGGAGCAGGAGCAACCCCCCACAAGGUCCAGGGACACUACCCUUCCCAGCAACUGGGUGCUUCAUGGAGCUGAACUUUUCCUUAGGCUGUUGUCUCUAGACCUCACGAGUGGCCUCUCCCUCGUUUUCUGCAUCUAUCUCCAGAUAGUGCUGCAUGUGUCAUUGUAGGCCACCUCUCUUGCCCACCCCACACAUUUCAGAUAUUUGCACAAACCCUUUCACAUUACAGCUGCCCCUCUGUGUAGAUGCAACACUUGUUGGACUGUGCCUCACAGCAGAAAGGAUGAGCAACCUGUGUGAGAACUGCAGCUGUUCCACAGCCAGCCACUCAGGGUUAGGAAAGGUGCAGCAGCACCAAGGAAAGCAGCAAAUGUUCCAUGUCUCCCCAGAGUUAAGAGCUUCAAGAUCAGUCCAGUAGUUAUGCUCCCUAGCUGGCAGCGUGCUGCACUAUCCAGACAGCCCCCAAGACAUCCCUUUGGAGAAGAAUGUUUUUCAUUAAUUUCCUUUCUCUGCUGUGCCUGACUACCUUUCAGAUCUAGGAGAGCUAGAUACAGCUCUGUCUGGAGCCUAUCUGUGCCACUGCUAUCUUCCAGAGAGAAAGGGGCUCUCCAAUGUAAUAAGAGGUGCUCCAUCAUCCAAGUGCUACCUCCUUCACAACAUUAGCAGCCAGGGACAAAGCUGUAGUGGACACGUAUGGCUCUGCCCUCCAUAUUCUUCCAUUUCAUCCUAAUCCUUUUGGUCCUCUCCUGCACGCAAGACUCCAGCUACUCUGGGAUGGGUUGCAAGAUCAGUCUGGGCAGCUAGGAAAGGAGUGCACUGAACUAUCUCCAUUCACUCUCACUGGUGAGGUAGGCCCCUCUUCCCCAUCAGGCCAACUCGCUAAGGUUCCAUAGGUAGCCAGAUAGCAAAGUUGUGCGAUCUUUUCAGCAACAAAGCAAGCCCGGACUGAUAAGGCAUUUAAAAUUCUGCUUGACAAGCGCAGCUCCUGAUGAAAAGGUACCAAAUGAUUACAACAAAGUCAUGAGCCAACAGGAAUAAACCAUCAAGAAACACACACACACACACACACACACACACACAUACAGGGGAUUAAAAUAAAAAGAGUGCAAAAUGAACCCUCAAACAACUUAGCCAUCGAGUGCAGAAUCUUCAGUAGGGAAAGAGUUAAAAGUGCAACACUUUGCUUCUGAAAGGAAGGGGAAAAUUCCCCUUACUGAGAGGAAAUGGAUAGGACAGGCCUCACCAGUUAGGAGGACAGACGGGGUCUCUGGCCUUCUCUCUCCAGUGGGCCAGACCUAUGUUACCAGUUACUGCUGCCAUGGAGGAGAUCUCCUGACCUCUGUACUUGACAGGAUGCUUCACAUGACACUUUGUUCAUGUCUCUCUAAUUCUGCCCUUUGUGUUGAAGCUGGUGGGUGCCACGUAGAACCAACUACUUGAACACGCUGUGACAUUUGAGGAAUGUAAAUAUCUGUAAAUAAUAGUAAUAAUAAUUAAUAAUAAAUGUGCUUGCACUGUAAUGGGGUUAUAUUUGCCAAGAACUGGCCUGGGAGGGGUAGUCUAGUUUUAUUUUUUACACUUGCAAAGGUUUCCGUCUCUGAUGAUUACAAAUUGGAUGCUGUAAUAUACCAUGUGGACAGAGAAGGAAAUAACAUGGGGGAUGUUGUUUGGUGUUCCCUUGAACUCCCCAAUGUCUGAGAUAUUAAAGCUAUUAUGUCUCAAGCAAAUACACUGGAAAUAAAUAUUCUAUUGCCACUCAUGUAUCUUAAAGGUGGCUUAAAGGAACCAGGCUCUGGCUCUCUCACAUAUCUUGUGGUAUGCAUUAGAUACUCCUGGGGGAAUUCUGUGCCAAAAAAUUCUGCAUACAAUAUUUUAAAAU